UUUCUCCCUCUCAAACACACGCUCUCUGUCUUUCACACACAUACACACACACACGCUCUCUGGGCACUGGCGCGUGUUGGGGAAGACGACUCAGAAGCAUAGCGACACAUAACGGCUAGUGAGGGAGUUGGGCGCGUGACGACAGGAGAGCAACAGACAGAGAGAGAGACCUUUACUGGACUGGGAUAUAUUCAUACUGGGAGAGGCAGACCUCGUCAUGGCAACCAACCAACCUCUCUAAGGAUUAAACUUCUCUUCCUCCAAAUGACUUAAUCCUCCAUCCUCUUUUUUGUUCAUCCAUUCUCCAACAUCCACCCGUCCGUUUUCUCCCUCCCCCCCCACAAUCUUUUUUCUUUUUUCGGUUGUUGCUGCCGGCAAGAGAUCGCUGUGAGGAUUUAUACCAACAGUUAUUUUUGGUCGCUUCCUUUGUAUUUUGCUGUGAAUUUUUUGUCUGUUGGGUUUUGUUCUGGGUCGUUGGUGGUUUUGCUCUGGGUGCUUGGUGGUUUUCUGGUGUUUUGAAAGGGCUGUGUACAUCUUCUUUGCCGCUCUCAAGACGAGAUGGCUGGCAUCGUGGCGCCCUGAUGCUAGAACUCGUCUAGAGAGGGUGGACGCGGGACACUUCGUCAUGCCCCGCCCACUCCACUCUGCCGGGCCCCCCGAUUGGCGCCAGGGGAGGACCACGCCCACCAGACCCGUUCUGCUCUGUAUGGUGUGUGUCUUAUCAUCCCUGGUAGACCCAACCGCUGCCUGUCCUCCUUUGUGUCUGUGCAACGCCACCGACGUGGACUGCAGUGGGCGCGGCCUCCACGCCAUGCCCGCCCUCAGUCAGCUCCCGGUGUCCACUCGCACUCUCCUGCUACCCAACAACCGCCUCUCCACCCUGGGGGCCGGGGCCUUCUCCAACCUCACCGCCCUGGAGCGACUGGAUCUCUCCAACAACUAUCUGGAUAACCUGCCGCCCGGGCUGUUCCGGGACCUGGGGAACCUGGCAGAGCUCACCCUGCACAACAACAGCCUCACGGCCCUCGACAGGGAUCUCUUUCAGGGAUUGGUGGAGCUGAGGAAGCUGGAUGUGUCCCUCAACGGGCUGUCUGAGGUCCCGCUGGGCCUGCUGGACGAGCUCCGGAGCCUAACGUGGCUCUCCCUGGCCGGGAACAGGCUCCAUGCCCUGGAGAGGGCGGCAUUUGAGCCCCUGGCGAACCUUCAGUACCUCCAGCUGGGGGCCAAUCCCUGGGAGUGCGACUGCAACCUGAGGGAGUUCAAGCACUGGAUGGAAUGGCUUCUUUAUAGAGGGGGCCAGGUGGACGCGGUGGAGUGCAUCCUGCCCAAGGACCUGCGAGGGCGGGACAUCCGCGGCGUGCCGGUGGAGAUGUUCAACUACUGCCUCCAGCUGGAAGACGAGAACGGGGGAGGAGGCGGGGCAGGGGCGGGCACGCGGAGCGGAGGCCGAGAAGGGCCGCAGCUACCCUGCGGCCGCGCCACAAGCACCGGCAACGCGGCCCCGACCCCCGUGUCGGAGGCGGCCGAUCAGUCGCCCGUGCCGGACUGCGGGCGGCGGCGCUACCAGCCGGUGAGCGUGCGGCGGGCCAUCGGCACCGUGGUGAUCGCCGGCGUGGUGUGCGGAAUCGUCUGCAUCAUGAUGGUCGGCGCAGCGGCCUAUGGAUGCAUCUACGCCUCGCUCAUGGCCAAGUACCAGCGAGAGCUGAAAAAGAGGCAGCCCCUGAUGGGCGAUGGUGAGGGAGACGCGGACCCAGAGGAGAAGCAGAUCUCCUCUGUUGCGUAGACGGGGAGG